AUGCCUGCUACACUGCUCUUAGAGACAUGUAACAUGCCUGCUAGACUGCUUCUAGAGACAUGCAACAUGCCUGCUACACUGCUUCUAGAGACAUGCAACAUGCCUGCUACACUGCUUCUAGAGACAUGUAACAUGCCUGCUACACUGCUUCUAGAGACAUGUAACAUGCCUGCUACACUGCUUCUAGAGACAUAUAACAUGCCUGCUACACUGCUUCUAAAGACAUGGAACAUGCCUGCUACACUGCUUCUAGAGACAUGGAACAUGCCUGCUACACUGCUUCUAGAGACAUGUAACAUGCCUGCUACACUGCUUCUAGAGACAUGUAACAUGCCUGCUACACUGCUUCUAGAGACAUGUAACAUGCCUGCUACACUGCUUCUAGAGACAUGUAACAUGCCUGCUACACUGCUUCUAGAGACAUGUGACAUGCCUGCUACACUGCAUCUAGAGACAUGUAACACGACUGCUACACUGCUUCUAGAGACAUGUAACACGACUGCUACACUGCUUCUAGAGACAUGUAACAUGCCUGCUACACUGCUUCUAGAGACAUAUAACAUGCCUGCAACACUGCUUCUAGAGACUUAUAACAUGCCUGCAACACUGCUUCUAGAGACAUAUAACAUGCCUGCAACACUGCUUCUAGAGACAUAUAACAUGCCUGCAACACUGCUUCUAGAGACAUGUAACAUGCCUGCUACACUGCUUUUAGAGACAUGUAACAUGCCUGCUACACUGCUUCUAGAGACAUGUAACAUGCCUGCUACACUGCUUCUAGAGACAUGUAACAUGCCUGCUACACUGCUUUUAGAGACAUGUGACAUGCCUGCUACACUGCUUCUAGAGACAUGUGACAUGCCUGCUACACUGCAUCUAGAGACAUGUAACACGACUGCUAUACUGCUUCUAGAGACAUGUAACAUGCCUGCUACACUGCUUCUAGAGACAUAUAACAUGCCUGCAACACUGCUUCUAGAGACAUAUAACAUGCCUGCAACACUGCUUCUAGAGACAUAUAACAUGCCUGCAACACUGCUUCUAGAGACAUGUAACAUGCCUGCUACACUGCUUCAAGAGACAUGUAACAUGCCUGCUACACUGCUUCUAUCUCUAACAUGGUAA